AAACCCAGAAGAAGACAAAGUGAAAGUGACGUCCGAGCGGAGAAAGUUAGACAAAACAAAACAUUGAAUAUUAAGUGAUAUUAAAUACACGCAGCUCCAUUACAGCGGCGAUACUGAAGCACAGUCAGUCAUGCCCCGCAUUUCUGUUCACUGUGUCCUGAUCUUACUGAUCAUUGGAUUCAUUACGGUGACUGAAUCAGCUGUUCUUCCAGUGACGGUGAAGCUUAAUGACUCUGCUACUCUGCCCUGCUAUGAAAGAUGCUCUGGUUUGGUCAGAUGGACUGUGUUCAGUAAACCCACUGAUGCUCUGGCUGAGUGUGAUCAGACUUCAUGUAGAUCAAAGGAGGGAUAUCAGAUGAUCCAUGAUCAGUACCUGAAGGGGAAUCUCUCUCUCACCAUCACUGACGCUGAUUUCACUAAGAGAGCUCGGUACACGAGUGACUGUGAUGGGAAAGAUCUCUGUGAUGUUCAUCUUAAGAUUGAGCCCUUGAAUUUUCCCAUUCAGAUUAAAACUGGUCAAUCACUGGUGCUGAAGUUGGACGUAUCAGAUCCAGUGGAGGUGAUUUAUAACAGCACAGAUACAGCUGGACCAUCCAGUGAUCAGAUCUGUACAGUGGAUGGACGAUCCACACAGUGCAAACCUGAAUACACACAAAGAGCAUCACUCACAGCUGCUCUUGAGCUGAGAGGAAUGACUCCAUCUGAUAGUGGAGUUUAUACUGUAAUAGAGACCAGGAACGAAGAGGUCCUUCACAAAUAUGAAGUGACUGUUGAAGGUGAUGGUUCUGAAGCUCAGGAUAAGAUUCGUAAGGCCUCUCGAAGCCGCCGCAGCGCCCCAUCUGAUGGUCAAUCCUGUCUGUGCAGAGAUCAAGGAGCUGCUGUACCGGUGUGGCUGUUUGUACUCUCGCUGGUGCUGGUGGGGGUUGGAUUCAUGGUAUUGGUGGUGGUGAUUGUGCGGCUGAAGAGAGAGAUUCAGCGACUACAGGCAGGAUCCCCUGCUCUUAACCGGGGGCUCUGAGAGAUCAUUUCAAAUUGUUUAUUUUUCCUAUCUCUCUUUACCGUCUCAGGAAAGGGAAUGUGUGUGUGUGAGAGAUACUUGAUAUGUGUAUCAAUAUGGAGACUUAAGCACUAUCUACUCUUCAUCUACAGGGUUUCAGUGUAGAAUCUAUACAUCUCAACAGAAGUAACAACUGAGAUUUCCUUUAUUCUUACAGUUCAACUUUCUGGAGCAACUUUUGGUACAAAGAUUUUGCUGAAAUUGAGCAUCUUUAUCAGAAUCUAAAUGAUAACCACUUUUUGUCUAGAAGACCUCAGUACAAAUGCUGCCAGUGCCUUUCUUCUAUGAAAACGUGAGUGCCUUAGUUGAGAGUCUGAACUGAGGUAUAUUUUGCUUUCUUUUAUUCUUGAACUGGACCAACUAUUCUGUGAAGAAAUUAGAGAAGCUUUCUUUAUCUGUAGGUUUGGAGAUGUUACAUUUAUCAGGGCUAAGUUUCCCUAAAGCAGGGUUUCUCAACCGCUGGGCUGUGGAACACAGUGGUCCACAGGCAUGUCCUAGGGGAAAGGCAGCAGUUCAAAGUGGGCCAGUAAUGUCACUUUGUGUAAAAAAAAACAAAAAAGAAAAGAUAAGUGGGAAAAAAAGAUUAACUUAAUAAUUCUCUCAUCCGCUGUCAUUGUUCUGAGCUGGUUUUAAAAACAGACGAGCCAUAAAGUAACAAUAAAGUAAUGCGUUUUUGGUUCAUCGAUCAGAACUAACAACUGCAGAUGUGUUAUUUAUUUAAACAUAACUGCAAAUGUUGGUUUCUGGAAUUGAAACAAAGUGGAUGAUCAGAUCUUUUUCAGGCCCUGAUUCUUAGGUGUUCAGUGUCAACACAUAAAAAAAAGAGUAAAAAAGUUACUUUAAGAAAGGUGAUCUUUGUUUUCCUGUGGGCGGUCCUUCAGUGCUUUCUAGAUAUAAACAGGGGUGGGCUUCGGGUGGGAAAAGCUUGAGAACCCCUGCCCCAAAGCAUCUUAGCAUAAAUUCUUCAUAUUCAGAUUAUUAAAUGGAAGAGUGUGCCUUACAGUGAACGCUUUCUCUACUAGUUAAAAUGAUCUUAACACUAAGAAACGCUUUUGGAAAACUUGGACCUGGAAUUUAAUCUAAAGAAGCUGAACUUACUGAAUAGCCUUUUUACAGGGCAGCUAAAACUGAAAACAAAAGCUAAUUUAAACACAAAUCUGCUGAUGUUCUCAAGUUUAGGGGUAGAUGGAUGUCCUUAGACUCUAGACAGGUUUCUCCACUAGCUUAGAAACUGACGGCUCUAUAAUUCAGUUCUGUCUGAGAAUGAGGAACUUCAACCAUUGGAGGCUUUAAACCACAUAUUAGGUUUUGAACCCUUGGUGUGAAUGAAAGAGCCAGUGAAGUGAUAUCAUUAGAGAAAAAAACAAAGCAGUAGGUCAGCAAAUGAUGCUUCUGGAUGCUUUUAUAGGGCUAGUAAUGAAAGACAAGGAGUGCAGCCUGAUGACCAAAUCAUAGAUAAUAAUGACUUGUUAUGGACUGUAGCAAAAUUUAUUAGGUACUUUUUUUAGCAUAAGAACUGAACAUUUUCAGAUAUCUCUUUUCUUAUAUUGUGAUUUGACUGCAUAUUUGAUAUAGAACAAAAUACAAGCUCUAUGUAAUUUAUUUUGUAGUUACCAAGUGUAUCUUUAAUCAUCAGCAUUGUAAUCAGCUCCAACAAAAUGUGCAACUGCCACUGAAGACAUGUGCCCCCUGUUAAAGUGGUCCAGCUGGAGGGUCAGUUAAACUCAUUGAGACUGAUUGUGAUGAAUCGUAUUUCAUUAGAUUAAGAUUCUCUAAGGCUUUAUGAAUGUAUGUUGUGCUUUGCUGUAUUCUUCUCUAUUCUGUUCUCUUCUUCCCGUCUGUAAAUAUCAUUCAGCUGGCAGCUUUAGAGUGAGGAUUUUUUAAUACUGAUGUCUUUACUAGAAGGAAAGUUGUAUGACAGGGAAAGCCACUGAUAUGUCUUUUUACAUUCUUACAGUCUGCACAGGAUUAUUGUUUUUUAUUACCUUGUUUAAUUGAAGAAAAAAAAAAAACUUGGUGAGAUACAGUAUGUACAUUUUGUUAUGGCUGUCUUUACAUCUUGUAUAAAUAAGUGCUGUUUUUAUAGUUUUUGUGUUUCAUCUAACAUUGAUUCUGUAAUUUUGUACUGAGACUGAAACACCAGUAAGACUGACCCAAGUGCCUCAGGCGAGUGUGGAUAGCCAAUCAGAAAGAAAAUGACAAUUUUGAUAUUUGUGGUCAAUUUAACAUAGUCAGUAUUUUGUAAUUGUGAUCAUUUUUGUUAUUGUGAUUGUUUGCAAGAAGUCAUAUGGCACAGUCUAUAUAAGGGAAUUAAAACCUGAUGUAUUAAAUUACAUAAAAGGACCAAAAAAGUGAGGUAUGUCUGAUUAUGUUAACUAAACUGUGAGUGUCUUGUUGGAGACAUGGAAUCCUAUGAUGAUAGCAUGUUCAAUAUGACCUACUGCCAGUAUUUGUCUAUACAGACUGUAGUGUUGUGGGCUUCAUUUUAGGCACCUGCUAUUCCUGAAUGUGGUACAUUUGAAGGAGUGUCCGCAUACUUUUGGCCAUGUAGUGUACAUUUUACGGUUUUGUGCCUUGGUUAAGAGCUGUUUUGAGAUGAACCACCAGCAGGAGUGAAUCCAGUGAACAGCUUUGUCAGCACUGUUGCACUUAUAUAAAUAGCACCAGAGAAGUAUGAUAUAGUAGGUAAAGUAUAAAUGUGUUGGCACAAUAUUUUGAGAUGUACAUUGUUUUGUUUUAAAAUAUUUAAAUGUAAGGAGUGUUUAUUAUAGUAUUUUAGUUUGGUUUAUUGGAAAUGACUAAUUAUGGAAAAUAAAGCUGAGUGAAUAUUGAA